UACUCAGGCGUCUCCAAAAAGGGACACGCACCCUAUAACCCCCGCAAAAAGAACCAAGACAGCCUCAUAAUGGCGGAUGACCCAAAGACCAAUUCACUGGUGCUCUGUGUCUUGGACGGACACGGUGAACAUGGAGACGGCGUUUCGCAGGCAUUUCGUGACCAGCUCGUCCCCGCAAUGUUCAAACACCCCGCCUGGGGAACAGAUUUGAAGCACGCCGUCGCCGAUGCGAUAGCGAAGGUUGAACGCGCCUUGCUGCGCAAUUACCGCAUCGACUCAGAGUUUAGUGGGACAACACUAUCCAUGGCCAUUAUCCGAGGCAAUCACUUGACCGGCGUCAAUAUUGGGGACUCACGGGUUAUUUUGGGAAAGGAAGAGACGCCAGGCAACUUCACCGCCCAGGAUAUUACCUUUGACCACAAACCGGACUCGCCGGCCGAAAAGGAACGCAUCCUGGGUUGCGGUGGUCGCGUAUUUGCGGUAGAAUACGACGAUGGCAUCGACGGGCCUCCGCGUGUUUGGCUGGGACACAUGGACAUUCCUGGGCUGGCGAUGAGUCGAUCGCUGGGGGACGUGGUAGCUCACUCUGCCGGGGUCAUUUCCGAACCGGAGUUCACUGAAUACGACCUCAAUCCGGCGACCGAUCGAUUUUUGGUUGUUGCGACGGAUGGACUGUGGGAGUUUGUGGAAAAUCAAGAAACUGUGGAUAUGGUGGAGGCCCAGAGCGGACCGACAGAUGCCGUGGAUGUUUUGGUAACAGAAGCGGCUACACGGUGGAUGCAGGAAGAGCAGGUCAUUGACGAUACCACAAUCAUUGUUGCGAACCUGUUUAAUUACAACGCGACCUAA